GUUUUCUUUUUAAAGAUUUAUUUAUUUAUUUUAAAGAGUUACACAGAAAGAGAAACAGAGGCAGAGAGAGGUCUUUCAUCCACUGGUUCACUCCCCAGUUGGCUGCAAUGGCCGGAGCUGGGGCAAUCUGAAGCCAGAAGCCGGGAGCUUUCUCUAGGUCUUCCCAUGUGGGUGCAGGGGGCCAAUGACUUAGACCAUCUUUCACUGCUUUCCCAGGCUGUAGCAGAGAGCUGGAUCAGAAGUGCAACAAUUGGUACUUGAACCAGCACUGGCUUUAUCCACUAUGCCACAGCACUGGCCCCCACAAAUAUUUUGUCACAGAAUUAAUGCAGAUACCUCAAAUAUAUGCACUCAUCACUAUUUUGGUACAGUGUUCCAGUAAUAUUUAGGGUUCAGUACUUCUGUGAUUUCAGAUAUUUCCGAGGGUGUUGGAAAUAUCUCCUGAGGAUAAAGGGGACUAAUAUAGAUGUAUUAGUUUACUCAACUCAGUAGUUAUCAGCUAUUGUUUCUCUCUCUUUAAAUAUUUAUUUAUUUGAGAGGUAGAGUUACAGACAGAGAGGGAGAGACAGAAAGGUCUUCCAUCUGCUGGGUCACUUCCCAAAUGGCUGCAACAGCCUUAGAUGAGCUGAUCUGACGCCAGGAGCUCUGUCCUGGUCUCCCAGGUGGUACAGGGGCCCAAGCACUUGGGCCAUCUUCCACUGCUUUCCCAGGCCGUAGCAGUAAGCUGGGAUCAGAAGAGGAGCAGCCAGGACUCAAACCGACACCUAUAUGGGAUACCGGCAUUGCAGAUGGAACACCACAGUGCUGGCCCCAGUUUCUCUUUUAUACCUAACACAGUGUCAGAAAGUUCCAGGGAGUUCUGUGGCCAGUCUUUCUUAACAAGUUUGAGUCCAUUUGUGUUCUGUGACAAAUUUUGUUAAUGAAGAUUUUCUCAAGACAAAUCAGUUCAACUUCUAGAGGCAAAAGUGAAUGAAUUUUAGGUUAGAAUUAAAUGUUUUCAUCAAAAGUAACCAUAAAAUGUGAAAAGUCAUGCCACAUUCCUGUGAUAUUUGUCUCUCAGAACUGAUGUCAAAGUAGCAUUGAAAACGUGUAAAGAGGAGCAAGGUCAGCAGGAUGGUAGGAUAGGACUUUCCACCCCUUGUCCCCUUGGAAGUUCAUCAGUAUGAACAACUGUCCAUGCGUGAUAAUACCUUUGUAAGAGCUAAGGGAUGUAAGUGAGGAAAUGAAGUGCUAGACUAUUGCACAGAAGUAAGAAAAGAUGGAGAGGAUGGGAAGGGUGGUUUCACAUUACUUGUGUGACCUCUUCCCUGCUCUGGUAGCACAGCUCAAAAGUAUCUUCAUGCUAGCGCUGUGGCAUAGUAGGUUAACGUCGUGGCUUGAAGCGCCAGCAUCCCAUAUGGGCGCCGGUUUGAGACCCGGCUGCUGCACUUCCGAUCCAGAUCUGCUAUGGCCUGGGGAAGCAGCACAAGAUGGCCUACGUGUUUGGCCCACGUUCUUGGCCCCCUGCACCUGCAUGGGAGACCUGGAGGAGGCUCCUGGCUGCAGAUCAGUGCAAUCCUGGCCGUUGUGGCCAGUUGGGGAGUGAACCAUCAGAUGGGGGACCUCUCUCUCUCUGUCUCUCCUCUCUGCUGUGUACCUCUGACUUUCAAAUAAAUAAAUUUUUUUAAAGUAUCUUCAUGUUCUUCACGGGAAAGGAGACUGAAGAAAGCACUUCACUUCAGACUCUAGUAGCAGGUGUGCUCCAGUGAACCUUGUGGCCUCUGCAGCUCCAUGCCCUAGGUUGGCCUCUGCAGAUUCACUCUUCAGUUCAUUCUGUGUUCAAAGCUGGCCCACAUGGUUCUAGGCCCUAUACUGUCUACCAUCCCCAGGCAUAAUCCAGGCCCCAGAAACUGGCUGUCUCCUAUAGUCCAAGAGUUCCGUCUAUCGUCUAAUAUCAUUGGGGCCACUGCAGCCCCAAACUCCAAGCCAGUACCAGCAGAACCACCCUUUAGGCUCACUUCAGUGCCAGGUAUCAUGGAACCAAGCAUUAGUUGAUUGGACCCAUAGAGAUUGAUACAAGCUCCACUGGACUCUGGUGGCAGGCUUUAUCCUUUUGACUCAGGUUCCAGACCAGCCUCUACUAUCCUGGAACUGAAGCAUGCUCCUAUGGACCCAACUUCCAGGCUCACCCUGGAGCUAAAGAACUCACUAAUGGAACUGAAAAUAUUCAUAGAUAUUCUUAAUAGCAGACACUUCAAGCAGAAGAAAGAAGGAAUGAGCUUAAAGACUGGUCAUUUGAAUUUACUUAGUGGAACAAAAAGAAAAGGCAAAAGCAUGUGGUGCAUAAAGAACAUCAUCAAGUGAACCAAUAUGAGUUUUCAGUAUCUCAGAGCAGAGAGAAGGAGAAGAAUGCUUACUUAACAAGACAGGUUUGGUGUAGUGUUUGGUGUAGUGAAGACACCUCUUGGUACACUGCAUCUUAUAUUGGAGUGCCUGAUUUCAAGACCUGGCUCCAGUCCCCAUCUAACUUCUUGAUAAUUACACGUGCUCUGGGGUAGCAGGUAUUAGCCCAAUUCAUUGUGUUGCUACCUUGUAUGGGAGACCUGCUCCUGACUUUUGCCUUUCCUAGCCCCAGCUGGUAUGGCCAUUUAGAAAGUUAACCAACAGAUGAGAGACUUCGUUGUCUGAUAUGGCAAGUAGACAUCCCAGGUGGCAGCCUAACUUUUGCCAAACUCCCACCUGUAGACUCGCCUUAUAUUUCACACAAAAAACCUGAAUCUUAAGGCUUUAAACCAUAGAAUUUCUAGAAGAAAGUGUAGGGGAACAUAUCCUUCACCUUGAUCUAGGCAAAGAUUCUUGGAUAUGACCCACACAACAUAGGAAACUAAAGCAAAAUAGACAAAUGGGAUUGCAUCAAACUGAAAAACUUACGAACAGCCAAAGAAAACAGUUAUCAGAGACAUGAAGCUGUUAUUAUCUCAGGAACUGAAAUGGCAAAACAAAUCCAGAAAGAAAUACGGCAAGAUGUGGAAUCCUGGGUUGCCCUUGGAAACCGAAGACCUCACCUCAGUAUCAUUUUAGUGGGGAAUAACCCAGCAAGCCAUACGUACGUCAGAAAUAAGAUAAGAGCUGCUUCUGCUGUAGGUAUCUGUAGUGAGCUCAUUCUAAAACCUAAGGAUGUUUCUCAAGAAGAACUUUUGGAUAUAACUGAUCAAUUGAACAUGGACCCAAGAGUCAGUGGUAUAUUAGUUCAGUUACCACUGCCAGAUCACGUGGAUGAGCGAACAAUAUGCAAUGGAAUUGCCCCAGAAAAAGAUGUUGAUGGAUUUCAUAUUAUCAACAUUGGAAGACUAUGCCUUGAUCAGCAUUCUCUCAUUCCUGCCACUGCCAGUGCUGUGUGGGAAAUAAUAAAAAGAACAGGAAUUGAAACAUUUGGGAAAAAUGUGCUUGUGGCUGGAAGAUCAAAGAACGUAGGGAUGCCCAUUGCCAUGCUUUUGCACACUGAUGGAGAGCACGAGCGCCCAGGAGGUGAUGCAACGGUGACGAUAGCUCACAGAUAUACCCCCAAAGAACAAUUGAAGAUCCACUCUCAGCUGGCAGAUGUUAUCAUAGUAGCUGCUGGUAUUCCCAAGUUGAUUACAUCUGAUAUGGUUAAAGAAGGUGCUGCUGUAAUUGAUGUGGGUAUCAACUAUGUCCAUGACCCAGUGACAGGGAAGACAAGAGUAGUUGGAGAUGUGGACUUUGAAGCUGUUCAGAAGCAAGCCGGCUUCAUCACUCCAGUGCCAGGCGGCGUGGGACCCAUGACCGUGGCCAUGCUACUGAAGAACACCCUUCUGGCAGCUAAGAGAGUCCUGUACUAGACACAGGGGUGAGCCAGGCACGUGGCAGUCAUGUUGAUUUGUUUGACAAGGGGCAAACUUUUAUAUUUUACUACAAAAGUAUUUAUUUCUACAUUGUAUUUAUUUUUUCAUGAAUAAAAUCAUCGUGGAUCAGAUGAUUCACCCUUUACACAUUUCUUGCUUACAGAUUGUGAGUUUUAGGGAAAAAAUCAAAUCCCAAAGAUAAUUUGAGUAACAAUUACUUAUUUUGUGGAAAUUUGUUCAUAAUAUUAAAAUAACAAAGGGCUCAUAGUAAACAAAUAUAUUUUAUGUAAUUAAUAUCACACUCACUUUGUUUUCAAGAAAUAUUUUGUCAGUCUCAUUAGACGCCCAUGUAAAAUGGAAUUUGGAUUUUGCCAUAACCACAUUCACUUUCUAAUACAUUUUAUGUUCUAUGUCACAUGCUGAAAAAGAGCUUAUUUGCUAAAAGAAAGUGGAUGUUGGGGCUAAAAUCUUGAUAUCAGAUAUACCCCAAAUAUAUCCUGUGAGGUCAUACUAAUGAAAAAUUAUGUUCCUAAAUAAGGAAAGAAAAAUAUUCAAAGAAGGACUAAAAAUGUAGUGUUACUUAGAAAAGUACUGAUUAUGUCACGUCAUGAAUGAUUGUGUCCCAUGGUACAAAUAUAUGAAGAAUGUAUUAGGUUUAUAUGUCCUUUCUUUCUUUUCUAAAAAAUAUGGGCAGUGCCUUCACUGAAUAAUCAUGGACAAGCUCAAAAUUAAGUAAAUACGUAAAACAAAACCAAGCAGGCCGGGCUCAAUAGGCUAAUCCUCCUCCUGCGGCGCCAACACCCUGGGUUCUAGUCCCAGUCGGGGAGCCGGAUUCUGUCCCAGUUGCUCUUCUUCCAGGCCAGCUCUCUGCUGUGGCCCUGGAAGGCAGUGGAGGACGGCCCAAGUGCUUGGGCCCUGCACCCUCCUGGGAGACCAGGAGAGGCACCUGGCUCCUGGCUUCGGAUCAGCGUGGUGCGCUGGCCGCAGUGCACCAGCCACAGCGGCUACUGCGGGGUGAGCCAACGGAAAAGGAAGACCUUUCUCUCUGUCUCUCUUUCACUGUCCAAUCUGCCUGUAAAAACAAAACAAAACAAAACAAAACCAAGCGUAUAUUUUAUAACAAAUAUCAGAUAAAAUAUGGUAUGAGUGAGGCUAUCAUUAAAGAGUAGUAACUGUUAUUUUUGUUUACUAAUUCAGAAAUCCAACAGGAAAAUGUACUUUCACUGUGCCAAAAUGAAACAUUUAGGCUACAGCUAAGUCUAAUGCUUUGUUGCCCACAGUUCUUCUGUUAUGACAUUUGCUUCUCAAAGGAAAUACAAUGUUUUGAGCAUAAUGUAAAUUAGGAAAUACAUGUGAAUGUUAGUUGAAGGUUGCUUUGACACUGCUAGAGCCACAUAACUGGUGUUUCCAUGCCCAAAUCCCAGUAUGUUUAUGUACCAGUAAUGAUUCUUACCCAAUGUAUGUCUUUACCUGUACAUUCUUGAUCACUUGUGUGGAAAUACACUAGAUGUUUAUAAUUAAUAACAUUUCAACUACAUAAUAAAAGCAAUUUG